UUUAAUUUUGUUGUGAGAGGAUCAAUCAUCGGAUAUCAAAAUGUCCGGCCGCGGUAAGACAGGGAAGGUGAGAGCAAAGGCGAAGAGCCGAUCUUCUCGUGCUGGACUCCAGUUCCCGGUCGGUCGUGUCCACAGACUGCUGAGGAAGGGCAACUAUGCUAAGCGUGUCGGUGCAGGAGGACCAGUGUAUCUGGCUGCAGUGCUCGAGUACCUGACCGCUGAGAUCCUGGAGCUGGCUGGAAACGCAGCUCGUGACAACAAGAAGACCAGGAUCAUCCCCCGUCACCUGCAGCUGGCAGUCCGCAACGACGAGGAGCUGAACAAGCUGCUCGGUGGGGUGACCAUCGCUCAGGGCGGCGUGCUACCCAACAUCCAGGCCGUCCUCCUGCCCAAGAAGACCGAGAAGGCCCCAAAGAAGUAAAUCUCUGACAGCCACAAUAAACCAAAGGCUCUUUUAAGAGCCACCCAGCUCUACCAUAAAGAUGCUUUCCUC